CAAGUUAGGUUGACAUACGGUAAACAAGGUCACAGGGUGAUAGGCUCGUUCAGAAUGAAGGGGAUCUUAUUUUUUACUCUUUGCCUUAUUUCAGUACCAGGAAGAAGUGCAAAAACUAGAAAGCUGAAAGCUUAUAUUAAUGGGGGAAUACUCAUUUUCUGCCAAUUUGAUGAACAACAUAAAGAAAAACAGAAAUACCUCUGCAAAGGUGAAAAUUCAACCUGCCCUUACAAUCGGUUAGAUCACAACGACAGCAGAGUCCUCCAGUAUGAAAAUGCUCGCAGGGACUAUUUAACCGUUCUCAUCACAAACCUCACAUCAGAGGACAGUGGGACUUAUUACUGUGGGGCUGACGAUGGACAUUUUGGUGAUAAAAUCGCUUUGCAUGUAAUGUCAGGUGAUUGCUGUGAUCCACCAUUUGUAAUUACUGGUCUUAAGGGAGAAAAUAUCAACAUUCAAUGCAAGUACCUUGUAGAAAAUAGAGGAAAUAUCAAGCACUUAUGUAAACAACAAAAUAACAUUAUUGAGACAGAUCUUAUUCAGUCAAAGCCAUCGGAGAGAGAACAGAAGUAUUCCCUGUCUGACAACACAAGUGCAAACCUGUUUUCUGUGACGAUCCAUGAGCUAGAGACAAAGGAUGCUGGGAUCUACUGGUGCGGAGUGAGAACCGGUCAAGGAGAUGUGGCUCUCAUCAGCCAGAUUAAUCUACAGAUCACAGGAGAGAUUCAGGCGGGAAAACUAAAGACUCUGAAUCUGAAAGGAUUUCAGAUGGGAGGCAUUGCAAUUCUUUGCAAAUUUAAUAACAUGCAUACAAACAAGAAGAGAUACUUCUGCAAGGGCAAUUCUACAACCUGCCCUCAUAAUCGCUUCACAAAUGGUACUGAUAGCAGGUUCUUCCAGUAUGAAAAUGAGUUCAAUAAGGCCCACUUAUUAGUUCUACUCACAAACCUCACCACACAAGACACCGGGAUGUAUCACUGUGCAGUUGAAGAUGAAGAAAUGCAGGCAGCAUUUAACUUGAAUAUAAAAGAAGUUGACUGCUGUGAUUCACCUAAUACAACUACUGGACAUGUGGGAGGACAUAAAAGGAUUCAGUGCAAGUACCCUGAGGAAGCAAAAACAAACGUGAAACACUUCUUCAAGCAACAUGAUACGUCCGUUGAUUUGGAUUUUAUCACAUCAAAUUCUUUACCAAAGAAUACAAAAUAUUCUCAGUCUGACAACAAAUCUGCAAACGUCUUUACUGUGACUAUCCAUGAGCUGGAGAGGAAGGAUGCUGGGAUCUACUGGUGUGGAGUUAGAACUGCUGGGAAUAAUGUGGCUUUGACCGGACAGGUGAAUCUACAGAUCACAGGUGUCACAGAAAAAGCCCCUGUUAAGGACAUGAAGACCCCUGUAGUCAUGGGGAUCAUAGCACUGGUGUUAGCUGUCACAUUAUUCCUGUGCUAUAGACACAUACAGAGCAAAGAGCAUGACAGGUCAAACAGAUUCAUUUACCAUCAAACAGAGAAUCCAGACCCAGACAAAAUCUAUGAGGAGAUUGAGGACAUUGGUCCUCCUCCGCCUCCCCUGACUUCAAGAUGUAACUAUAUCAAGGUAGACAAUGCAGGUGACCCAACCUACUACACUAUUCAGUCACCCCCAAACCUUCCUGAUGAUAGAGGUCUACACACCCAGAUCAACACUGUCUAUGCCACCGCUGAACUCCCCGGCGAUGUCGCCACUUACUCAAACAUCGAGUCACCAAUACACACUUCUGCUGACACACGCCUUAGCACUGGUUCUGAUGAAGCAGAUAAGACAGUCAGCACUGUCUAUGCCACAGCACAAUGUCCCAGUAAUCCCACUAGAAUCCCCACACCACACACUGAUCAGCCAGACCCCACAAACCCAGUAAACCAGGAACCCAAAUACACCAAUGCGGACACUGUGUGUAAGACCCCUCAUUCACCCACACACACUUCUGAUGACACUGACUAUUCUAUGGUCUGUAGUCCAACAAGUACCCAAGUCAGUACGGUUUAUGCCAAUGCAGAACUUAUUACAAAUACAAAUAAUGACACACCAAACCAUAGCGAUGAGGUACCCGCUAGCCUCAACAAUGAUGCCACAAUGUCAGCUGAACGUAUGCCCUCAAAAUCAAUUGAUGAUCCUGCACAAGUAGGAAACAAAUCACCCUGUGGUCUCAGCUCUCUGUAUUCCAUCGGACACGGAACUCCAUAGAACCCAAUUAGCCUCACAUAAACAUGAUGAUGACUGUGCAUUCCCCCAUUUCCAGGUACACAUAAAUCCUGAUGACGAACUCACUCACCUUAAUGUCUCUGAUACCAUGGCCUCUGCUGAUGACCCUAAAAUGUCUCCUAUUCAUGACCCCGCAAACUCCAGCACUGAUCACAAAGGUCUAACAAUCCAGGGUUCUUCAAACCCCACUGAUUAUCAGAUGACUGCUAUGGCUCCAGACUCCAUAGACACCAAUCAAAUUCUUGAAUUUCCCCUUGGGGAUCUAUCUACCUAUCUAUCUAUCUAUCUAUCUAUCUAUCUAUCUAUCUAUCUAUCUAUCUAUCUAUCUAUCUAUCUACAGUAUCUAUCUAUCUAAUUAUGAACACACACACAGUUACUGUAAAUGGGGUCAGCCGUGGCCUACUUGUUAGAGCUUCGAGCAUGUAACCGGAGGGUUGCCAGUUUGAUCUCCGACCAGUCCAUGGCUGAAAUGCCCUUGAGCAAGGCACCAAACCCCUCACUGCUCCCCGAGCGCUGCUGUUGGGCAGGCAGCUCACUGCUCUGGGUGCUUCUACUCACUGUUUAUUCACUGCAUACCGUGUGUGUUCACGAAUUCACAAGUUGGGAUAAAUGCAGAGACCGAAUUUCCCUUACAUAAAUGCCCAGGGUCCUACACACUCUGCUGAUAAGCCGACAACUAUCCGUAGUGAUGUUCAAAUGCACCUUAGUGUUGUCCACCAAGGCUUUACCUGCCAGUGUUCUGUAGUCUGUGUAGCGAUGGAUAAUGAACUGUGUUGUUUGUGCCCCCCAUAAACCCUAUGUGAUGUGAAUGUGUGUGUUUCUGUACGGUGAGCAUAAACAAUAUGACUGACCAUACAUUCUGCCCAAAGCCAGCUGUUCGAAACACAACACACAUAACCAUGUUGACUCCACAUUUGUUAUGCUAAACUUCACUGUUAUCUUGACAGUGCCCACAAAUUGGGUGUCAACACACACAAACUCACACGCACACACACAGCUAAAGUAGAAUGCCACAUUAUUCAUUAUUCUAUAGCCAACUUCUGUCACACAAUCAUUUUCUACUAUCAUAAUACUAAAACUGAAAAAAUAAUGAAGUGUUCUUUUAAAAUUUAGCUCCUUAUUAAGCUAUCUGUUUGUAUGCUCUAGAAAUGAUUAGUUUAGCUAUUAUAGCUCAGAAGCAGUUUCCAGCGUUUGGAGCCUGGGCUACAUGCAGAGACCAGGGGGGUAUUCCAUCAAGCGAGCUAACCGUAAAUCGCGGCUAACUUUGAUAAGCCUCGCUAAUUUUAGAGAGAGCUCGGUGCCAUUACUCCCGCUAACAGGAAUCUCAGCUGAGUUGCUGGGGUAACAUAUGCUUCUGAACUAACCUGGUCGGUGGCAGGCUAACUGCCGAGCUAAAUUAAUCUGUGUUGCAAAUAAAAAACACCAGUCGGAAAACGAGUCCCAAACCGUUGGUUCCGUCAACCUGUGCUUUCGUCACCUGUAGCCUACAACUUAAAAAAUAGAAGGAGAAACGUUUUUCCGACAGUGUUGCAAGCAUUGAUUAAGGCUACCUAUCCGCUAGUUUAAAUGAAUUUCUGAAAAUUAUGCAACUUACAUUGUUUGAACUUGAUAUGUGUGUGGUCCAAGGAAUCUUGCGGCUAUGCGUAACGUACGUCUUUCGUGGUGUCAUGCGCAGCGUGACAGCAGAACAAUCGAGGCAUGUUUUGCGUGUUCUCGGGUUCGGUUCCCAUGCGAUGAAUUUACAUAGACUAUGUUAACACAUUAAUAUUGCCAUGUUUAGUUAUACUCUUUAAUGAAAGGCAUCAUUAUUAAGGGUCAUAUACAGUAGCUUCAGUGACAGUAGGCAGGCUGUCAGUGUGCUAUACGAUGCACGGCAAGCCAGCCUAUAGCCUAAUUCUGUAAAGGCUAUAAUAAUUAAAACCGCUUCAUAUAGUCUAAUUAAUUAUGCAUGUAGUUCGGAUAUCAAACCAACUGUAUUACAGAAAUUAAAUAUGAAAUGACAUAUUGAAAGCCAAUAUUGCAUUUCAUUUAGGCUAAUUAUAUUUCACAAACACUUUGGCAGAACUAUAUGCUUAUGGGAGACAAUAGGCUAGGUUUUCUCCCAAUACUCCCAGGACAAUAGGCUACCAAUUUAUUUUAUGACCACCGAAAAAAUAUUUCAGAGUGAACCCUUUUAAUUUACAAACGUAGGUUAUCUUUAUUGUUGAAUAGCCUAUGCCAAAGUUGUUUUGAGUUUAAAUAGCCUGCUUAUUCACUCGUUUUGUUCAGAGUGAAGACAAUCAAAGUCCCAAUUCAAACCAUCAUAAUUACUGUUUAGCGAUUUACAGUAGGCCUACGAUUUCGUUAUUCUCCUUUUUAGGCAACUACUGUAUCUAUUUUUUCUCUCGUGUUCAAUUUGAUUACUUCCGAUGAAAAUCCUGUAGGUAGCGCUUGUAAAUCGAACUGAAAUCUUCUAGUUUGCCUUAAUUUUACGACAUGCAUCCUCUUUUCAUCAAUCUAUGGUUUUGGUCUACUUUUCUACCUCGUGCACGAGCAGACAUGAAGCUGAUUUUAGCCUUGUUUGAAUAAACGAGGGCAAGAUGCAGCUAACUUGAGUUAAUGGAACGGCUUUAGCUUCAAGUGGAAGUCUACACUAGUUCAAGCCAGGCUAUUUCUGUUGAGCGCCGCCUUGUUUAGCGAGGUUGAUGGAAUACCCCCCAGAGGGUUUGUGUUGUUGUUGUUGUUGUUGUUGGUUUGUUUAUGUUACAGUGUAUACACAGCAUGGCAGCUAUUGAAUAAUGACAAUGUGAUUGCUGAAUGUGGAAAAUGUUUUUUGCUUGAAAUGUCAAUCACUGAUUAAUUUUUUUAGCUUAGCUUUACAUUCAAACUUUCUUUGUUCCUCUAUGAUUUUACUGUUUUGUAAAAUGUGCAUCUAUGUAAGCUAUAUAUAAGUUUUGAAAUGACUGUCAAUGCAUACACACAACAUUCUAUCACUGCCAAAUAUGUUAAUUUCAUAUACAAUGUUCUUUGUCUACAUAUUGCAUCUUGAAUGCCUAAUUGUCAAACUAAUCUGAUGAAUAAACAACUCAA